CACCCCACUGCUCCCGCUCCAUUGUCUGCAAACUGCAGCCGCGGGCGGACGGCGGCCGGGACCCGGCUGGCCAGCGGGGCCGGCACGAAGCGGGCGCCGGAGAUGCGGGGCUGGACCGCGGCCACCUGAACCGCGCGCCUGGUACCCGCCUUCGGUGGGAAGGAUGUGCGCCCCGAUGGCCCGGCGCUUGGCCGCGGCCCCCCGGGGGCCUCGUGGUGCCUGGCUCUGCCUCCUGGUGGCCCUCGCCCUGGACGUCGUGAGAGUAGGCAGCAACCAAGAUCGCCCGGACUCUAUCUAUCUGCCUGUGGCCCUGGAGCUCCUGGAUGCCCCCGAGCACUUCCGUGUGCAGCAGGUGGGCCAUUACCCACCUGCCAACUCUUCCCUGGACUCCCGAUCUGAGACCUUUCUGCUCCUGCAGCCCUGGCCCAGGGCUCAGCCACUUCUCCGAGCCUCCUACCCACCUUUUGCCACUCAGCAGGUGGUUCCUCCUCGAGUCACUGAGCCCCACCAGCGGCCUGUCCCUUGGGAUGUGCGGGCUGUUUCAGUGGAAGCAGCUGUGACUCCAGCAGAGCCCCAUGCCCGAGUCCUCUUCCAUCUCAAAGGGCAGGAUUGGCCUCCAGGACCAGGCAGCCUGCCCUGCGCACGGCUGUAUGCUACACAUCCUGUAGGCACUGCCCACCAAGCCUGCCGCUUCCAGCCAUCCCUGGGCGCCUGCGUGGUGGAGCUGGAGUUCCCCUCUCACUGGUUCUCCCAGAGCUCCACCACACGGGCUGAACUGGCCUACAGGCUGGAGCCUGCAGGCGAGGGCCCUGAGGGCUGUGGCCCCAGAAUGGAGGAGGAAUCUGGGGAGCAGGCUCUCCCAGUGGGUGUUGUGGAGCUGCACCCUGCGGAUCCCCCACAGUACCGGGAGAUACCUCUGGAUGAAGCAGUCACUUUACAAGUGCCUGAUGUGCCAGUGCGUCCGGGCCAGCUUUUCAGUGCCACCCUCCUGCUUCGGCACAACUUCACAGCCAACCUCCUUACCCUGCGGAUUAAGGUGAAGAAAGGCCUGCAGGUGACAGCUGCCCGCCCAGCCCAGCCUACCCUCUGGACUACCAAGAUGGACCGCUUCAAGGGCUCAAAGCACCACACCACCCUGAUCACCUGUCACCGUGCUGGGCCCAUGGAGACAGACUCUGGCAGUCCCCUUGAACUGUCUGAAUUCCUGUGGGUGGACUUUGCGGUGGAGAAUGGCACUGGCGGGGGCGUGGCAGUCACUCGCCCUGUCACCUGGCAGCUGGAGUAUCCAGGCCAGGCCCCUGAAGCAGAGGACAAAAUGGUGUUGGAGAUCCUGGUGUCCGAGCGGGACAUCAGAGCCCUGGUUCCACUGGCCAAGGCCGAGGAGCUGGUGAACACGGCACCGCUGACUGGAGUGCCCCAGCGUGUCCCUGUGCGCCUCGUCACUGUGGACAGUGGAGGAGCUCUGGAGGAGGUGACAGAGCACAUUGGCUGUGAGUCAGCCAACACACAGGUCCUACAGGUGUCUGAGGCCUGUGAUGCUGUGUUUGUGGCUGGCAAGGAGAGCCGGGGUGCCAAGGGGGUGCGGGUGGACUUCUGGUGGCGCCGGCUUCGGACCUCACUGAGGCUGACUGUGUGGGCCCCGUUGCUGCCCCUGCACAUUGAGCUGACGGACACCACUUUGGAGCAGGUCCGAGGCUGGAGGGUCCCAGGUCCAUCUGAAGGGCAGCAGGAGCCGGAGGCCACAGUGGCAGAGGAAGCUGAACGGCGCUCCCGAGGCUGCCGCCUGCAGUACCAGCGAGCAGGUGUGCGUUUCUUGGUGCCCUUUGUGGCCCACCCGCUGGACAGUGACCGCCGCCUCACCCACCUGCUUGGCUCUGACUGGCUGCUAGAUGUGACUCACUUGGUGGCAGCCCACGCCCGUGUGCAAGACCCUCGCAUAGCCUCCCUGGAAGGUGGCCGCAUCCUGGUGGGCCGAGAACCAGGUGUCACUUCCAUUGAGGUGCGUUCCCCGCUGUCUGACUCCAUCCUGGGGGAGCAGGCGCUGGCUGUGACAGACGACAAGGUCUCGGUGCUGGAGCUGCGGGUGCAACCGGUGAUGGGCAUCUCCCUAGCCCUGAGCCGGAGCACUGUCCACCCUGGGGAGGUCACAGCCACAUGCUGGGCCCAGUCAGCCCUUCCGGCCCCAAAGCAGGAGGUGGCCCUUUCCCUGUGGCUGUCCUUCUCUGACCACACUUUGGCUCCUGCCGAACUCUACGACCGCCAUGACCUGGGACUGUCAGUCUCAGUCGAGGAGCCUAGUGCCAUCCUACCAGCCCAAGAGCAGGGCGCCCAGCUCAGCGUGGUGGUGAGUGGGGCGGGCGCGGAAGGGCUACCCCUACACGUGGCUCUGCACCCACCAGAGCCCUGUCGCCGGGGCCGACACCGUGUGCCCCUGGCCACAGGCACUGCAUGGCUGGGGCUGCCCCCUGUGCUCACACCAGUUCCUGCCUUACCAUCCAGCCCUGCCCAGAGCCCACUGGCCACAGCGGCCAGUGUCGGGGGUGAGCGGCAGGUAGCAGUCGGUGUGGGGGGCAGUGUGGGUGUGAGGGGCAAAUUUGAGCGGGCAGAGGAAGAGGCUGGGAAGGAGGAAGAUGAGGCCAAAGAAGAGGAAGAAGAUGAGGAAGAGAUGGUGCCUGCCCCUCAGCGUGUCACCGACCUAGAGCUGGGCAUGUAUGCUUUGCUGGGGGUCUUCUGUCUGGCCAUCCUCAUCUUCCUGGUCAACGGUGUGGUCUUCGUGCUGCGUUACCAGCGUAAAGAGCCCCCCGAUAGUGCCGCUGACCCUGCCUCCCCCCAGCCCCAUAACUGGGUCUGGUUGGGCACCGACCAGGAGGAACUGAGCCGUCAACUAGACCGACGCUCCCCCGGCGCACCCAAGGGGGAGGGGGGCUGCCCCUGUGAGAGUGGGUCAGGAGGAGAUACCCCAACUGUGACCCCUGCCCCUCCUGAGGGCACUGUCAGCUCCUCCAGUACCCUGGCCCGCAAAGAAGCCGGGGGACGUCGGAAGCGAGUAGAGUUUGUGACAUUUGCACCAGUACCCCCAGCCCAGCUGCCCGAAGAGCCUGUAGGGGCCCCAGCCGUGCAGUCCAUCCUGGUGGCCGGGGAGGAGGACAUCCGCUGGGUGUGUGAGGACAUGGGGCUGAAGGACCCCGAGGAGCUUCGUAACUACAUGGAGAGGAUCCGGGGCAGCUCUUGACCACCCACUGGCCUGCCAGGUGCAGUGUGGGCAGGCAGCCCAGACAGUAGGGCGGGUGAGGGGUCCCACUGAGCCUCAAGCUUGGUCCUUGUACUCAUCCUCUGGUGCUUGUUGAUCUAAGUCCCUUGCUGGGUCCCCUUGGGGAUCCCCAACCCAAGCCCCCUCUGCCCCUCCCCCUUGUCAUGGACGGUGGUCAAGAGGAAGGGCGCAUGCUCCGUAUUUAUGGGAACCGCUUCAUUCUAAUGUCAGGUACAGAAUAAAAUGAGAAGGAAAUG